AGAGGCACUGAGAGUGGAGGUCUCAGACUCUUGGAAGGGACUAUACUAGACACACAAAGACAGCCCCAAGAAGGAAGGUGGAGUAGUGUCCUCGCUAAAAGACAGUAGAUAUGCAACGCCUCUUGCUCCUGCCUGUUCUCCUGCUGGGAACAGUUUCUGCUCUUCAUCUGGAGAAUGAUGUCCCCCAUCUGGAGAGCCUAGAGACACAGGCAGACCUAGGCCAGGAUCUGGAUAGUUCAAAGGAGCAGGAGAGAGACUUGGCUCUGACCGAGGAGAUUCAGGCAGAGGGAGAGGAGGUCAAGGCUUCUGCCUGUCAAGACACCUUUGAGGAUGAGGAAGCCAUGGAGUCAGACCCAGCUGCCUUAGACAAGGACUUUCAGUGCCCCAGGGAAGCAGACAUUGUUGAAGUGCAGGGAAGUCCAAGGUGCAAGACCUGCCGCUACAUAUUGGUGCGGACUCCUACAACGUUUGCAAAAGCUCAGAACGUCUGCAGGAGAUGCUACAGAGGCAACCUUGUCUCCAUCCACAACUUCAACUUCAACUAUCGCAUUCAGUGCUACACUAGCACAGCAAACCAAGCCCAGGUCUGGAUUGGAGGCAUCCUCAGGGGCUGGUUCCUGUGGAAGCGGUUUUGCUGGACUGAUGGGAGCCACUGGAAUUUUGCAUACUGGUCCCCAGGGCAACCUUCGAAUGGGCGUGGGUGCUGUGUGGCCCUAUGCACCAAAGGAGGUUAUUGGCGACGAGCUCGAUGCAACAAGCAACUGCCCUUCGUCUGCUCCUUCUAAGCCAGCGGCACGGAGACCCUGCCAGCAGCCUCCUCCCGUCCCCCAACCUCUCCUGCUCAUAAAUCCAGACUUCCCACAGCA